AGACGUGUUUUAUCUAAUUAAUGAAAAAUAUAUGUGAGGAGUUAGACAGCCAGCAAAUGAUUCUUCGAAGAAUAUCCCAACUUUUGCGAAAAAAAUUCUUGUUGUUGAGAUGAAUGCCUUGUGGGUUAUUGUAUCUGCUUCUUUUGUCCUCCUUCUAUCUGUAGCUUCAAUUCCUCUUCUCAACAACAAUGGAAAUUACUUGACAUACUUGCUGAACUGGAGAAGUUCUUCAUUUUUAAGUGAAGGGGCAGAUUUGUUGGUGACGAAUGGGACCAUUUAUACCAGUGAUGAAGCUCUCCCUUUUGCUGAUUCUAUGGCUAUUGGCAAUGGUAGAAUUCUUCGAGUUGGGAAUUACUCUUCUAUAAAGGAAUUGGCAACAAGUUGGACCAAGGAACUAAAUCUAGACGGAAAGAUUGUGGUCCCUGGAUUUAUUGAUUCCCAUGUGCACUUCAUCCCUGGGGGACUACUGAUGGCACUAGUGGACCUUCGUGGAGUAAAUACAAAAGAUCUUUUUGUAGACAAAAUUAGAAAAGCAGUUGCAAAUGUGAAACAUGGUUCUUGGUUACUGGGUGGUGGUUGGAAUGAUGAUAUUUGGGGAGGUGAUUUACCAAUGGCAUCGUGGAUUGAUAGUAUUACUCCUCAUAAUCCAGUUUGGUUAACAAGGAUGGAUGGUCAUAUGGGCUUAGCUAAUACAUUGGCUCUAACACUUGCUGGAAUUUCACGUAACAAUGACAAUCCAAAUGGUGGAGCUAUUGUAAGAGAUGAUGAAGGGGAACCUACUGGUCUGUUGAUUGAUUCUGCUAUGAAGCUUGUCCUUCACCACAUUCCAGAAGCCACUGUUGAUGAAAGGAGGGAAGCUCUUAAAAGAGCUAGCAAUCAUGCAUUAAAGAGGGGUGUGACAACAGUUGUGGAUUUUGGCAGAUAUUUUCCAGGGGCUUCUCCUGAGCAGUCAUGGGAAGACUUUUCAGAUGUAUAUAAAUGGGCAGAUUUAUCGGGAAAUAUGAUGACCAGAGUUUGCUUAUUCUUUCCAAUGGAGACAUGGUCGCGGUUAGUGGAUCUUAUGAGCAAGUCAGGCCGCGUGCUGAGCCAAUGGAUUUAUUUGGGCGGUGUCAAGGCUUUUGCUGAUGGAUCUUUAGGAUCUAAUAGUGCAUUAUUUCAUGAGCCAUAUGCUGAUGAUCCAAACAAUUAUGGGUUACAAGUGGUGGAUCAGGAUGGUCUAUACAACAUGACUCUUUCUUCAGAUAAGUUUGGCCUUCAGGUCAGCAUCCAUGCUAUAGGUGACAAAGCUAAUGACUUGAUAUUGGAUAUGUAUGCUUCUUUGCCGUCUGAGAAACAAUUUAGAGACCGACGAUAUAGGAUUGAGCAUGCUCAACAUUUGGCUCCAGGAACAGUGGCUCGUUUUGGUGAACAAUCUGUAAUUGCUUCAGUGCAGCCAGAUCACUUAUUAGAUGAUGCUGAUUCCGCAACUAAAAAAAUUGGUUCUGAAAGGGCAGAAAGAGGAUCUUAUCUGUUCAAGUCACUCCUGACAAAUAAUGCACAAUUGGCAUUCGGAUCAGAUUGGCCAGUAUGUAAUUUCUGGAUUUCAUCUGUUUAUGUUUCUUUCAGUACUUUAUUUCUUGUCAAUUACUGUUAUGUCGUGUGUUUUGUUGCUGUCCCCUUUCAGGUAGCAGAUAUUAAUCCAUUGAAAAGCAUAAGGACAUCGAUGAAGAGAAUGCCUCCUGGUUGGGAAAAGGCUUGGAUUCCAUCAGAGUGCUUGUGUCUCGAAGAUGCGCUAAAAGCGUACACCAUUUCAGCUGCUCAUGCAUGUUUUCUUGAUAAAUAUGUUGGUUCAUUGUCUCCGGGAAAAUAUGCGGAUUUUGUGGUUUUGUCAACUAAUUCAUGGGAAGACUUUGCAACUGGAGUUAAUGUAGAUGUUGAGGCAACAUAUGUUGGUGGUUCUAAGGCUUACUCCAUAAAACCUGAAGAUCAAAAAUGAAUAGCACAGGCGACGACAAUUGUGCUGUAUUUGGAUACAUAAAUUUGAAACUGCUGUGCCAGACAAGAAGCGCGAUAUACUAAUUGAUUUUGGUUGGCUUCACUUUUGAUAACGAGUCUUCAAACUGUUAUAAAGGAAUAUGUAAAUUUUAUUAGUGAAAUUGUGUAACUUUUCUGUACUGGAAUGUAAAUGUUUUGAAUCCAUUAUCUCACCUCCAGUGAAUAAGCCUAUAUAUGCUUCUUUUAAGGUUUAACAAUCAGUAUCAACUUGUUUCA